AUGGUUAACCUACAACUCUUAGACAGCAAAAUAGUGGCAGUUGCUAUUGCUCUGAAGCUAACGUCUGGACAUGGCAAGCAGGGUGUCAAGGCAUGUACGAAGGUCAAAUCUCGUUGGUCCCGAGCCGGCCUGCAGUUCCCUGUGGGCCGAGUCCACCACCUUCUCCGCAAGGGCAAUUACGUAGAGUGGAUUGGGGCCGGUGAGCUGGCUUACUUGGCCACGGUGCUGGAGUGCCUGACGGCCGAGGUCCUGGAGCUGGCGGGCAGUGCGGCCCGUGAGAAGAAGAUGUGCAUCAUCCCGCGUCACGUGCAACUGGCUAUCUAUAAUGAUGAAGAGCUCAACAAGCUGCUGGGCGGUGUGACCAUUGUUCAAGGCGGCGUCCUACCCAACAUCCAGGCGGUGCUGCUGCCCAAGAAGACCGAGAGCCACCACCACAAGGUCCAGUGCAAGUUAACACCUCACAAGUUGCAAAGCCAAGCGAGUAACCUGAACGCCUAA